AUGUCUGACAGGCCUAGGACCCGCAAGUGUCGACUAGAGGUUCUCGCAAGAACACCCUUCGUAGAGCUCCAGGGCGUCGAAUCGGCUCCGCUGUGCUGCCCACAUCAAAUUGGACAGCUCCUCCGAAACGGCCGUCUGUUGAAACACUCGUCGGGCAUUUCGAGACAGUUCAAAGACCGCCUCAGUCGAGCACCUACAGCCCCGUUCGAACGCGCGCUGACAAGUCCCUCGCCAUUCUUGCGUGAACGAUAUCUGACUGCGCUGAAGUCGCAAAAGCAAACUUCCCCCGGUUACCGCCCUGACAAAGCUGUCCGUGGACGAGAACUUCGAGAAGAAGAAAUCCACUUCAUCGAGCAAGCACUUAGGAGAAGGCUCUCAGAGAGCUCGCUGGGUCCAGACGCCUCUCAAAUAUUACCCGACUACGAUCCAGACACAGACCGACCAAGAAUACAAGUAAAGGCAUCUGCCCAGUCCAUCUCAAUCAUUAUCCCAAAAGGUGUCAAACUUCCGGUUGUGGCCACCAUUGAAUCUGCAGGUUCGUUUGAGCUUGAAACACCCAUGUCGACUUCGAACGUCAGGGAAGCGAGCCAGUCAAGCAGUGCUACCGGCGGUGAUCCAAGCCCGCGGGGGAGAACCCGUCGGCGGAACACAUUUUCAGAACAGACGACCACUGGUACAGUCCGAGCCAGUGAGAGUGAGGAGAUAAUUGCAGGUCUGGGACUGCCUUUUCUCGCAAGAGUCAGCAAAGGCCGGUUGAACGUUUCUGAGGCGUCCAUUCCUCCUCCCCAAAGCGCCAAUAUAUCGGCACCAGGACGAGUCUUUAUUUCUCCUCACGAACGGCCUCCCGAAGAAGUUUCCGACCCACUUCAUAACCAUUCCAAAGAGGCAGAGGCAGAGGCAAGAGGUGCUCCCGAGGCAUCUGAGCUACCUGAAGAGCCCCGUGAAAGCCCAGACUUCAAUCUCCCUAGUCUUGCAGAUCCCGCUUCUCCCAAAAUCGAACAAGAGUCUACAACGGAGAAAGUAGAGCCGUCCCCUGCAGAACCUACUUCAACCUCAUUGCCCACGUCAGAGGACGCGCUCGAUUUGAUUGCAGAGUCUUCCUCUAAAGUCGAGGACAUCGAGCCAUUUUCUAUCCCAGAGAUCAAAAUACACAGACCCAGCGGCACGGUCAUGUCUGCUUCAAUGGGGCCAGAUACUUUGAACGACGCGAGUGUGACGCCCACACCUACACAGUCGGCAAUGGAACAAAGUUCGACUACAAAACCCCUCAAUGCUGCGACGACCCCGGUUGUGGGUGGCCCGGUGCCUACCACGCUUCCCGUGGACUCUGCAACAGUCACGAAUGCAGUGCCCAUUGAUGCAGUGGUUUCAACCCUCCCAGCCCCUGUAUCCGAAUUGCCAGUGGUGGGCAAGCUCGGCAAAAGAAAGAGGGUCGUCCGGAAAGCCCGCCGAGUCAUCGUCAGAAAGCGUCUGCUCACUAUCAUUCUUGGCCGGGACUUGGCUAAGGUGGUCCACCCUCAGCUCAACGCGUCCGGGAAAACUGUGCCUGACGUCUCUUUGUCUCUAGAUGGAACGAAAGACCUGAUUCGCAACUAUGGGGGAAAGAAGGAGUACAGAAGAGCUGUCCAACAAAGACAACUCCAUCAGAAAAUUGCCAGCGCCAGGAUACACACGGAAGCGGAGGAGCUUGACAGAUGCCCGUCGUGCCGAGGACUAAAAAGCACAAGCUAUCUACGAAAGUAUCAACGUUUGCAGCUCCAGAGGGAUAGGCCUACCACGAGCGUGAUAGAAAGACAUGUAACCAGCAGGGCUCAAGUCGCGACAUUUCAGUGCCAAUGUAAAAGACGGCUACUUGGAGCUGGAAAGAGAAGGGAGGCAAGAGACUCUGCUCUACCGGCAGCUCUACAAUACCUACAAGCGCCUGGCAUCAAUGAGCCUCCUUUGCCUGGAGUCAGAGGAGACACAUUACCCUGA